AUGAGAGACCUUUCAUCACGGGAAUGGAUUAUGGAGAGCCAUCGCUUCACACUGUUUCCAAAGCUACCAAUGGAGAUGAAAGACAAAAUCUGGAGAAUGGCUCUCGAGCCGCGUUUAGUCGAAGUUCGACCCAAAGAAGACAUCGACGACGGAUUUUAUUCCACUGCUCCGCUACCCGCUCUGUUGACAGUCUGUAAAGACUGGGAGAGAGCUCUCAAACAUUUAUUGACACCACUAUAUCUGGAUUGGAAACUUCAAGAGCACUUGACCAUCUUCUUGUCAUCGAUCAGUGUGGAGGACGCUGGAAAGAUACAAUUUUUGGCAAUGGAUCAAUACAUUCGGUGGUCGCGUCUAUCCAUUGGUUUGGACCAUGACUGGGAUCAAUUCCCCGUAUUCGAGCAUCCGCUGACGAUUGAUGACCUCCUAGACGACUAUUUUCGACAUUAUUGUCACGUCAUCGUGGACCACAAUCACUGCAUGAUGGACUCUGAAGAUCUUGAGGGACUUUGCUCCGUAGUACGACUUAUGAAAAAAUUGAAGGAGCUCAUAUUUGUGCAUGAGGAUAUUGCUUGGGAUGUAGACUUGUUGAAAGAAAGUGGAGUAUUUCCCCAGCAGGAUGAGCUUGCUACCUUGACACUCUUCAAGCUUGAAGAGGUCUACGAUCUAUUUCCAAACCCAGUCGAAAUUACCGGUUCCGAUUAUCGCAAGUCUAUUGAGUAUUAUAAUGAUGAUAUGCCAAUUUGUAAUCUCCAGGAAGAUCUCAAAUCGAAAUUCGAUAGUCCAAAGUUCGAGAUUCUGGUCCGAUAUGGAUGGAGGUUUCCAGAUUCCUUGUCACUCUCUUCACGUCAACCUCGUCUUACCGAAUUGGAAUAA